AUGACCCCACGAGAGCAGCUGAGGAAGAUGACAGUGCUGGGAGAGCAGGGGGCCUUGGAUGAGAAGCACUGGUACCGUCUGGUCAACGGCAUGUCAGCUGGAGAGCUGAGGCAGAGGCAAGAGUUGAUAAUGAGGAACCAGAUGGCCAUGGCUCCACAGAUCCUCUCCCAGGGGCAGCAGAGGUUACAGGGGGUCCCAGCGCAGUUCGAACCUCGCUUCAUGGAGAGAGAGCUGGUGCCUCCCUCCGAGAUGGUAGCAUCUGAGGCCAGACAAAUGCAUAUGGGCCCUCACAUGGGUCCACAUCUACCUCCCCAUGCCAAUGUCAUGCCCGGGAGAGCUUUUCCUGGAGCAGCUGGCUAUGGCUUCUUGCCCUCAGAGCCCAUGGAAACAGUUGCCCGGCGACAGGAGUUCAUUCACAAGCAAAAUAUAGCCAGAAUGGAGAUGAAUGCCAUCCUGCACCAGAAGGAGCUGGAGAAUGCCCACCAGAAGGGACUUAUGGGAAUUGAUAAUCCUAUGUCGUACCCUUCCAACCACAUGGCGUUCAGAGGUCGUCAGCGCAUGCCGGACGGCCACGACGUCUACGUCCACCGUCCCACCCUGGAUGAACUGCACUCAAACAGCAUCCUCAUGUCAGCCAGCCCUUACCCACCAAUCAGCACGUUGCACAGAGAGAGGGGACGCAGGGCUGGCAGGAGGCCGAACGUGCACAAGAGCACAGAGAGUCACGUGUCCAACCUGAAGGGCCAAACUGAAGACAAGAAUGUAGAGCAGAGCCCGGGAGCCACAUCAGGGGAGGAGAAAGAGGUGGAGGCAAAGGGGGAAAUGGGAGAGGAGUGUCCCACCAGCAAGGCGCAUCAUCAAGCAAAAAUAGACUCUGAGAUCUCUGCAGGAAGCAGGAAGAACUACAAAGAGGGGGAGCCAGGUCUACGUAAAGCCUGUGUGAACAGUCAAGAUGGGUCCGAUGUCGCCAACAGUGCUGCAAAUGAUAAAGACUUAUCCAAUCAAUGCUCAGCUUUCCAGGAGAAAUUCAUGUAUCCCUCCAGUGGUGGAGCACUCACAGGCAUGCCUUACAUGUUCCCAGUCCCCGGAAAUGGUUUCCUUCCACCUGGUCCAACCAAUCUCUUUCUCAACAGUGAUGAGGUGUCUGAAGACAUAAGGAAGUGGACAGUGAAUGAUGUUUAUAACUUCAUCAACAGCAUACCCACAUGUUCAGAAUAUGCUCAGACGUUUAAGGACCACAUGAUUGACGGGGAGACCCUGCCCCUCCUGUCAGAGGAGCACCUACUGGACACACUUGGACUCAAACUGGGACCAGCUCUUAAGAUCCGCUCACAGGUGUCCAGGCGUAUGGGCAACAUGCUGUACAUGAUGAACCUGCCACUCUCCACCUCCACACUGCAGGCCAAUCCUGAGAAGCCUGCAGACCGCUCAUCAGAGACCGGCUCCCCUGUGAACUGCAACAGCGAGGAGAUGAUGGCGAGUCCAAGAGACCCUGAUGUCCUUAAAUCCACAGAGCACCUGCAUGAGACAGAAAACAAUUCCCCUCCAUCUGCCAGCAGUGAGACGGCCUAA